AUGAGUGCAGUGUUGGACGUCGAUGCUCUCGAUUCGAAUCAGACUCCUCUUUACUGUGCAGCCUAUAAUGGCGAUCUCGAUAGAGUAAAAGCUCUCAUCAAGAAAGGAGCGGAUAUUGAAAAACUUGUUGGACAAGGUCAAUGGUGGUCUGCACUGCAAGCAGCCAUCACACAAAAACAUCUAAACGUGAUCAAAUAUUUAAUCAAAAGAGGAGCAAAUUUGAAGACAUCUCUUUUCGGAAAGACUCCUUUCGAUUGGGCUAAUGAAAAAGGUAUAAAUCUGGAAGAAAUUAUAAAACAGUGCAAAACUGAAAUGGUAGAUAAAUUUAUCUAUCUAGUAAGACUGGAUAAGUUUGAGGAGGCCAAGAAAGUCCUUGAAAAAUCAAAAAAGACAUACUUUGGAAAUAUCAUCGAUCAACUAGGUUCUCAACAAAUGACUGCAAUGUAUUGUGUUGCAUUUGACAAUAAGAGUGAAGCCAUUAAAUGGCUGGUUGCGCAAGGUGCAAACCCUUCACAUCCAAUAUCACAAGGCUACACACCACUGUUUGUUGCCGUAUCUCAAAAGAAGGACGCUGCAAUUAGAGCCCUUUUAGACUGCGGAGCAGACACUUCACAAACAAUUCAAAAUCUCACUAUUUUCCAACUUGCAGCUCGUGUGGGCGUUGAUUUGGUUGCAAUUUUGAAGGAGGUUUCUACAAUUUAUAAUGCUCUUGUAGAUGAGUUUGUAUUGUGUGUGAGAAAGUGUAAUUUCCAGAGAGCAGGGGAAAUACUGCAAAGAAGAAAGGACAUUAUUGACGCCAAUGCUUCCAACAACUUCAAUGCAUUAUAUUGUGCUGUUUGUGAUCAAAACCUACCUGCAGUCAACUGGCUUAUUGAAAAAGGUGUUAACGUUAAUAAGGCAUGUGUUGAUGGAAUUACAGCAUGUGCUCUUGCGGUCACACAGAAAAUGCAACCGAUUAUUGAAUUAUUAAUAGAACACAAAGCUGAUCUUACUAUCAAAGAUGUAGAUGGAUUUGAUUGUUAUGCUAGAGCUCAAUACGUGUCAGUAGAUUUGAAAGCCAUUUCUGAGAGAGUGAAACUUAAGAAACAACAUAUUGUCCAUGACUUUGUUGUAGCUGUUAGAAAAAAUAGCUAUUCCAUAGCAGAAGAAAUUUUAAGGAAGCAUCCAUGGGUCAUUGAUGAAUGUGACAACAAUCAACUGACAGCACUCUAUUGCUGCGUUUGUGACGGCAACAUUACUGGUAUUGAAUGGUUAUUACAACAUGGUGCCAACAUUGAAAAGACUGUGAUUCAAAAUAUCACUCCUCUUCAUGCUGCAGUAUCAAAGAAACAACCAGCAGUAGUUAAGGCAUUGCUCAAACGAGGAGCAAAUCCCACUAUUAGGGAUGGAUCUGGUUUUGAUGCAUUUGGACGAGCUAAGUAUGAAGGAUUUGAUCUCGAUUCGCUCGUGAAAGAAUGUAAGACAGCGCCUCAUUUAAUUGCUCCUGCUGUUUCCGACAUGCCUCACCAAACAAACUCUCCAAACACAGCCACUUCAAGCAAUCAAUCAACUCUCCAAACACAGCCAAUGAUCACACAACCCAAUCAAAGUAUUUCACAAGACUCUGUUUCAAUUAGAGGAACCUCUACUAUUCAAACACAACCCACAAUCACACAACCAAAUCAAAGCGUUUCUCCACAUGAAGUUUCGAUCAGAGCUGGCUCCAAUACUGUAACUGUUGAUCCGAAUGCUUUCAAUUCUAUCAAGGCAGGAAAUACCUUGCCACCUCAACAACAUUCUCUGGAGUCCAACCCAGUACAGUAUAGCUCCUUCUCUUCUGGAAGCUCUGGAGGUGGAGAUUCCUCGUUUGUAAUGACUAAUACUAUGGUUCGAUCGAUUGACCGUUCUGCUGUAUCUGACUUUCCAACAGAUGAAAUUUCAAUGUACAAUAGUAGGAAAUCAAGCAGUGUAUCUUCUUCUAACUCUACACUAUCAUCGUUUGGAAAGACAAAAACUAUUGAAGAGUUGAUGCAAGAAAAAUACAUGAAUAUUUCAUUAAUAGGUCGUGGAGGAUUUGGUGCCGUGUUCAAAUGUGACAAGAUUAUAAAGAACAGAAAAAAUGCACCAGCCCAAACGAGAGCAGUGAAACUAAUCGAGUUUGUUAGUACCGAAGAUUUGAAUCGUUCCCUUAGAGAAGCGUUUAGACUUUGCGGACUUCAACACGACAAUGUUUUAAAAGUUCAUGACGCUUAUGUCCUCCAAAUGGGUUCUGCAGGAAGCCUAAGUGAAAAGAAUACCAUGUGCAUCGAAAUGGAGUUUAUUCCAUGCGGAGACUUGGCUGAAAAGUUUUUAAAGAAGAAAGUAUGCCUUUCUAAUGACCUCAUUAAGCAUUGUCUCAGGUGUAUGUGUGACGCUUUGGUAUAUUUAUAUGAAGAAAAGCAAAUGGUUCACAGAGAUAUCAAACCACACAAUAUCAUGAUCCGAUCCAUGGAUUUAGAACAAGGAAAGCUUGACGUUGUGUUGGGUGACUUUGGUCUUGCGAAAUCUGUUGGUGAUUCUGCAAGUAGCGCCUCCUUUGCCGGAACACUUCAAUACAUGAGCCCUGAAUUGUUCAUGAUGCAGCAAGGAAUGUCAGAAGAACAUGAAGAAGAAGAUCAAGAGACACUCAGGAAACAUGCUCAUGCUUCUGACAUGUUUGCUUUGGGUGUGACUUUCUAUCAAUUAAUUUCUCUAGAUAUGGUCACCUCAGUGACUGGUCUUAUUAUGAAGUUUAUGGGCGACGAAAAGAAACUAUUUGCUGCUCUAAGAGAGAAGAUUGCCAAGAAUUGCUCUGACAACAGCAUUAGUUACGACGACAAAUUGAUUGAUUUGAUUUUUGAAAUGCUAAGGAGAGAUCCAGACGAACGAUUGACAGCCCAACAAGUAUUGGACGCUUUAAACGAGUAG